AUGGACUCUGUGGUCCGACCUCUACGCAUUAGCAAGGGCACCCCCAGCUCUUCCCCAAACAAAUCUCGUCCACUCUCCGAAGUCGGUAGCAACGAGCAUAGGAGAAACAGUCCUUCCUGGAAUCAGGUCACCAAGCAGGCCGAUUCCUCACCAACCACAGACACCUCAUCUUUCAUCAAAGACAACUCGCCGCGCGCAUUCUUUCGCGGCCGCGAUCCAAUGUCGCCCUCUCGCAACGACGAGAACACCUUCAGUACCCCACGCGAUGCAUCGCCCGGCGUAUCACCAAAACGACGUGCAAGCAUCGAGCGACUGAAGCAAGCCGGCCGGGUCAAGACCAGCAACAUCUUCGCCAUGGAGACACGCGAUGCAUACGAUCCACACAACGUACCAAUCGUCGAGCGGCCGAGUGCGAACCGACCAAAGAGCCCGGGAUUGUUGAACAACAGCUUCACUCGUUUUGACAGCCAGCGCAAGGAAAACAACCCUCUCUCGAGCCCAAGCCGUGGCCACAAGCGCACAGAAAGCCAGACUACACUGCCAAUCACCUCUCCAUCAUGGGAGACACGGACAAACGGCGCUUCAGCACCAUCCUCACCCACAAAGUCUGCGCUUUCCCGCAGCAGCCAGUUUGGAUCCCCUCUCGAGCAGGACAGCAUCCACCAAUGGUCCGAUGAAGACCGCGCACCCACACCUCGUGCUCGUGCUCUUCAUCGUCACAACAAGAGUGUCACAUUUCACGAAGAUCCGGAAGUAAACGAAUACGAGAACCAGACACCAGAACCAUCAGUCUCCGCCACAUCUGGAUCGCGAGAGGGCAGCUACGACUCUGAUAUACACUACGAGGAUUACAGCUUCGAGCGCGGAAGUUCAGCAGACCAGCACCGCGAUGACAGCUUUGAUGAAGAUUUGGAGAAUGCGGACAAGACGCCGGUCGUCCUUCCAGAAGCAUGGUCGCGCAUGUCUCCUCAGGCUGCUCGUACUGAGCUGGUUGAUGGUGAUGAUGAUGUGUUCGAGGGCUCUCCAGUCCCGCAACGUCCUGUGCUGGGUCGUUCGGAGAGUGUCACUUCAGAUUCAGACUCUCGACCUCUGCCACCACUGCCAGGCGUGAUGCGCGCGAGACGUGAGUCCGACGCACUGUUCGCCGCUGCAGAGCGCGCAUCCAAUGCUGCGCGUUCCCUUCCUGCUCCACCCAAACGUGCUUCCUGUACCAAGGAGGAUAUCAUCAAGAUGCGCAACGGUCGCCCGUCUCCAGGACAUGCGCCACCUGAAGAGCUCAUCGUGAAGAACCUCGACACUGGUGAGACCAAGGACGUUCGUGUGGAUGAGAGCGAAGUGGGCGAGGACUCAGUCGUCGCAGAGUUGGCCGAGUUUGCCAAUUCGCCUCCUAAAAUCUCCCGCGAGAGCAUUCUUCGCAAUCUCCGCAACUCCAGAUACGAGACGGAUGAGGAUGAAUUUGACGCUGAAAAGUCCAUCUCUGGAGACAGCCCGGAACGACCGACUUACGAACAGCUCGCCAGAAUGCAUCCUGAUGAAGCAGUUCCAUCACGCGAGAACAGCCGCGAUGCGAGCGGAAGAUACUUUGGAGGAUACGAUGAUGACUCUGAAGUUCAAAUCAAGGAGGAGCCCGUGGACGACAGCCAAUUCGAUAUGGGCUCCGUGCCAGCUGUCGAGCAAACACAGACUCUCGCACCAGCUCCCUCUGGCGACUAUGACCGUCAGUCGUCUGUCCUUAGGCAUGACAUUGGCGACGAUCGAUCUCCCAGUCGUGAGUCCUCUGUCGGACCCGAUGCAGAGAGCACCAACCUCGAUAUCCACAGCGCCAGCCAGCCCACAGCAGAAGUUGACGAUGGCAAAGAGAGCCUGCAAGACGCCAUGCAACUGCUCACCGUCAAGGACUACUCUCUCAAUACCAAGAAGUCACUUUCUUCAAGCGGAGAAUUCGAGCUGCCGACAUUCCUCAGCAGUGAUGGCUUUGACUUUGGCAUGAACGACUUUCUGACUCCACCAGCAACCACUUCAGCAGCACCCACGCAGAACGAAGUCAUCACCAAGGCACCUUUCCUCCAGCCAGCAGCUGAGAUCAAGCCAGCUUACAAGGAUUUGCCUCGACCAACUUAUGAUGGAGCAGACUAUUCUCCAGAGGGCACUCCCGAAUCGGUCGUCCACCACUCCAGCACCGAGGAGAUCUCAGGUUUGGAGGACCACUCUGAAUUCUUGGAACAGCCGGAACCACCACAGCAAGCCGUUGAGAUCCCGGAGCGUCGCGCUACCAUUCGCACAGGUGGCCAGCUCAAGGCACGUCCAUCUGCAACACCAGCUGAUAUGCGCAUGAUGGCGGAACAGCGACGUCUCGUUAGUGCCGAGCAUCCUGUCCCUCCGAUCCCUUCAGCAUACUCUGCGCAGAUGGAAGACACCACCGAAGCUGAGGAAGACGUUGAGGCGACCACACACUCCUCGACGAGCAAUGAGUCCAAGGCAGAUUCCGGCGUCGAAGCAGGAGAUGAGCACACCACCUCCAAGGGCAAGAAGAUGAGCCUCAAUCUGGACAUUCCCGUUGACGACAACGAUGAUUUUGAAUCGGCAUUCGAUCGCGUGAUCGAAGGUCAAAAGGUGCGAGAAUCAUUUCAUUUACUUAAACCCUUCACCAGGUUUGGUCCUGUUCUCAAGCAGACCGUAUCUGAGCAAGAAUCUGCGGAAGGACGUGUCCGCACUGCGGGCUUCGUCCCUGACGCGCCUACUCCAUUCUCACCGCACCAGCAUACUAACGCAUUUACUCGCACACAGAAGGGUUACCUUAUGCGACAGAACACCAAGCUUGUCAUCGCUUCAAACAGGAACUUCUCCGGAGACAGCAACGGUACCGCCAAGUCGAACGAGUCCGCUCAGACGACAAGCUCUCGCACAAGCCCUUCCAAGGGCGUCAAGCACGGCAGCAACUCCCGCAAACCGAGUGCGGAGCAAUUCCUGCAAACUGAACCGUGGAAUGGCAAGGCUCGCCGCAAGAGUCAAAGGCAGGCAUCCGCGCAGCAGAUGAACGGAGUCGCUCCGCCUCUUCCUGGCCAACCCAGCGCUCUCGGUGUCGUCGACGAAGACUUUGCUGCAGGCACUAGCAGUCUCGAGGAUGAUGUUGGUGAGGGCGUUGAACGCGGUCGCCUCUUCGUCAAAGUGGUCGGCGUCAAGCAUCUUGAUCUGCCCAUGCCCAAGAACGACCGCCUCUACUUCCAGCUGACUCUCGACAACGGUCUGCAUUGCGUGACGACGGCCAGUCUCGAGCUGGGCAAGACGGUACCGAUUGGCCAGGAGUUCGAGCUUGUCGUAUUGAACGAUCUCGAGUUCCAACUCACUCUUUCGACCAAGCUCCCGCCACCACCCAAGACUGAAGCACCAAUCUCGCGGCCCUCAUCUCCAACCAAGACGCCCAAGCAUGGCAAGACGUCUUCCCUCACCCGCUUCCUGGCAUCUCCAAAGAAGCGUGCCGCCGAGAAGGAACGUCUGGAGCGCGAGGCCGCCGAUGCCGAGAACCGUCGUCGCGAUGAAGAAGAAGCACGCCUCCAGCAACGCAAACGUCAAUCCGCCCAUCCGUCCGCCUGGGACCUGCUCCACACCCUUGUCAAUCCCGCCGAUGGCUCCUUCGCGCGUGCAUAUGUCAACCUUCGUGCGCAUGAGAAGCAAUGCUUUGGCCGUCCUCUAGUUGUCGAUAUUCCCUGCUACAACGAAUGGGCCAUUGACGCCGAGUCCGGUAGCUCAAACAACACCUCUGUCCGCUCCAAGCGUGGUACCACCGGUCCCGUGCGCAGGCCACCAUACAUUGUCGGCCACCUCGAGCUGCAGCUGUUGUACGUCCCGCGUCCCACCUCCGCCACCGACGAGGAUAUGCCCAAGUCCCUCGGCUCUGCAGUCCGCGAGAUGACCAAGGCCGAAAAAGUCAUCGAAGUCGAACACGAAGGCCACCUCUCCCAGCAAGGCGGCGACUGCGUACAUUGGCGAAGACGAUUCUUCCGUCUGACCGGCCCAAAGCUGGUGGCAUACCACGAGCACACGCAGCAGAAACGUGCUGUCAUCAAUCUGAGCAAAGCGAGCCGGCUUGUGGAUGACAAGAGUACGCUCGUCUCGGACCCCAAGUCAGGCCAUCCAGGUAGCAAGUCCGGCCGGAGAAAGAGUGCUUUCGCAGAGGAGGAUGAAGGGUAUGCUUAUGUCGAGGAAGGGUUCAGGAUUCGUUUCGCCAAUGGUGAGACGAUUGACUUCUACGCCGACUCGACAGCAGAGAAGGAGUUGUGGAUGAAAGCUCUCAGCCAAGUCGUUGGCAAGAAAGACGGAAGCAGUUCUGAUAAGAAGGGCAAGUGGACCGACCUUGUUUUGCGAAGAGAACGAGCGGGUGGUGGACGGCCGAGCGCGAUGUCCACCAUGUCGCUUGCUGAGCCGGAAGCGAUGAAGAGUGGCACUGAAAUUAGAGAUUUUACGAAGCCACCGCCACCGCCGAAGAAAGAUGGCAAUGCGAUGAGCAGUCCGAAGAAGGCUACGAGACCGACGACGCCGCCUAUGAAUCCGAGACGAGGGCAUCGGGAGAGGAGCGAGAACCGCGGCAUCGGCCACGCCAUCUGCCAAUCCCUCCUCUCGCAUCCAAACCUCUCCAACUCUCCCCUCAAACUCUUCGCCGCGAGUCGCAAAGGCGCCAGUCUGGACUUUACAAUCACCAACUCCUCCCAUCAGGUCUUCUACCCGAAACUGGACGUGACUUCUAAAGACUCCAUCCGUGACUUCAACAAGGAAGUCGAGAAAUCUGGCAUCGAAGGCGAACUCGUGUUGGUCAACAAUGCGGGCGUGAAUCUCGAUAAUGAGUAUGGCGUGGAGAAUGUGAGGAGGACGAUGGAUGUGAAUUAUUAUGGGACUUUGCAUAUGUGCAACACGUUCCUCCCACACGUGAAAGAAAGCAAAGGCCGCAUCGUCAACCUCGCCUCCAUCGCCUCCCAACUCAAAUUCUACUCGUCCGCCAUCCAAGCCCGUUUCCGCGACGCCUCCUCCGUCUCCGAUCACGAAAGCAUAAUGCAAGACUUCAUCUCCUCUGUCGAAUCCUCCAGCGAAGACGCCGCCGGCUUCGGCCCUCCUGCACGUUCCUACUCCGUCAGCAAAGCCCUUGUGCGAAGUCUGACCGCCAUCCUGGCAAAGGAGAACCCGGAUGUGAUUAUCAACUGCUGCUGUCCCGGGUGGAUCAACACGGAGAUGGGAAAUUUGGUGGCGAGUAAAGGACGGACGGCGCCGAAGAGUGGAGAGGAAGGAGCGAGGAUUCCGGUUAGGUUGGCGGUGGGUGAGGAUUUGGGGGGUGUGAGUGGUGGGUAUUGGGCGAAUGAGAGUGUGAGAGGGACGGGUGACGGACAGGUGGAGGAGGGGUGGAGUUGA